AUGAGUGGGAGUCCAGGCUCCGCCCCCGUUUUGCGGAGCCGCCCCACCUGUUGGGUCCAGCCUGUAGUUAAGGCCGCCCGCAGACCACCCCCGCCACGCGCGGGCCACGACGACGGUCCCCGCAGGAUCCGCCGGUCGGUCCCGGGACGCCCGAGUGGCUCCUCCCCAAGGUUGAUGCCCACCCGGGUCCCCCACCAUACCCACGGCUCCCGGGGGGACCUGCAGAGCCGCCCUCCUGGCCCAGGGCCCCCGCAUCUGGCGCCUCGCGGCCUUGAAACCAGCGGCCUCCGCUCCCUGUGCCAAACGCAGCCAGGAGUUCACAGGGCAAGGCCUAAGAAGAUUGUAUUUGAGGAUGAACUGCCCUCCCAGGCCCUCAUGGGCACCAAGAAGCCUGUUGGAGCCAUUCCUGAGGGGCAUAUGUCUAGGCCAUGCCCAGUGCCCGACUAUGAGCUUAAGUACCCGGCAGUGAGCAGUGAGAGGGAACGGAGCUGCUAUGCCGCUGUGUUUCAGGACCAGUAUGCAGAGUUCUUGGAGCUCCGGCAGCAGCUGGGCUCUGCACAGAAGAAGCUCCAGCAGCUGAAGGCUCUGCUGACCUCACUGCCUGCUCCCCGAAGCCAGAAGGAGGCUCAAGUAGCCGCCCGUGUCUGGAGGGAAUUUGAGAAGAAGCGGACGGACCCCAUCUUUCUGGACAAACAGGCUCGCUGCCGCUACCUGAGGGACAAACUAAGGCACCUCAAGGCGCAGAUCCAGAAAUUCGACAACCGAGGAGACAGCGAGGGCUCCGUGUACUUCUGAGCUACCUGGCAGAGGGACACAUUGGGGUGGGGGGGUCCCACCUCACCCUCGCUUCUCUUUCUACCUCCUAGCCUUAGCUCUUGCUCUUCCACCCGUACAGAGUAGCUUUCCCCGAUUGCAAAUGCCUCCACCCUUGAGGCUUAGCUCUGAUGACCCCUACUCAAGAAAUUCUUCCCAGGACCUUCUCCUUGACUCCCAGCCCUAACCCCUGGAAGCAGGUGCUGCUUUCCAGUCCCAGUGGAAUAAACAUUUCUUAAAUAGA